AUGGAUCUCAAAGAUAAAAUGUACUCGUUUCAAGAAGAUGUUCUUCUUCCUCCUCCAUCUGAAGCUGAAUUCAAUUGUACCUUCAAAUGUUCUUUCUCCUGUUGCCAAGAUGGUGACCAUGGACAUGGUGCAAUUGAAAAUGAUGAAAUGCUUAAAUUGUUUUCGAAUCAUCCUCUAUUGGAAGUUAUGCCAAAUCCAAUCACAAUGGCAAACAUCCAACAACAUCAGCUCCAAGAUGUUGCACUCAUUCAAAAAUUGCAAAAUGCAGCAACUUGGGCUCAGUAUCCCAUCAUGCAAAUUGACAAUUGCAAUGUGAUCUGCUAUUUUGCAGAUUUGAAUAAACCUAACAAAUGGAGAAUUCACUUGCCUGAAACUUUGGUUGCUCCUGUGAUUGUGUGGUACCAUUUGGUGCUUGGACAUCGAGGCACCACCUCUUUGUACAAUACAAUUGUCAGAAGAUUCUAUGCUCCUGCGUUGAAAAGAAAAGUUGAAUCUCUCAAUUGUCAAGUUUAUCAAGUGAACAAAAAUGUGAACAUCCAAUACGGACAUCUACCCGAAAGACACGCAGAUAUGGUCCCGUGGUUUUCAGUGGCUUUGGAUUUGAUUGGGCCUUAG